UUUUUCUUCUUCUUCUUCUUCUUACUAAAUUUUUUCUUUGCAGAACCUUCUGAACUCAUGUGACAUAGAUCACUGAGUUCAAUGUCCUAUUAUAGUUUCUGUUUUUACCCCUCCCAUUAUACUCAAUGUUCAAGUUGAAACUUUUAAAAAAAUUCUGCAUAUUCUUCAGAAAUUUUUGAGAUUUUUACAUAAUAAAGAACACCAACAAUCUACUACUAAUUUAUUCUUAUGUCCUUUUACUAUCUUAUAGCACAUGAGUUGGUUGCAUAUUCCAUAAAAAAAAAAAAAGCAUUAUGUAAUUCACUUUUUUGUAUCUAUAUUUAUAUUCAUUCACAUGAUAUGAUUUUUUGAGUGCUAUUGGUAUUGCAAGUAGUUUUAUUGAAUAAGGAAUAUUGAAAGAUUGCUAUUACAAUUUGAGAAUAAAUGAGUUGUUUUACACUCAGAACUAAUAAUAACUGGUCAAGACAACAAGUAAUUAGAUAAGUGUCUUUGAUUUAAAAAUUGUUAAAUAUGACGUGACAGAUUGAAUAGUACUGAGUGGAAAGUUGUUUUGCGUUGUGAGUGCAAUACCUUACACGUUUUGGUUUUGGGAUCAACAGAAGUGACAUAAUUCUGAUUAGAUGCAGAUGAAUUAUCCACAUGAAGAAAAGGUUUAAGAAAUUCAACACCAAUUAGAAAAGAAAGAUUAAGAGAUAAAAGAAGGCCACACAAAAAGGAAGGAAAAAAAAGAAUCAAGCUCUUAGUGGUUGUCAUUAUCACCAACUACACAAACAAGUGCACAAAAAUCAAAAUACAAAGAACAAAUUUUGAAGCAUACAUUAAUUCAAGUGGCAUAAAAUUUCACACAUAUAAAAAAUGCAUAUGCAAGAAGUAGAAACAGAAACAGAAUAGAAGCACUUUUUCAAUUUAAAAGGCAAAAAAUACAUAAGACUAAUGGGAAUGAAGAGCACUGGGGGAGAAAUAGUUCAAGUUCAAGGAGGCCACAUUGUUAGAUCAACAGGUAGAAAAGAUAGACACAGUAAAGUCUACACCGCGAAAGGACCUCGCGAUCGACGAGUUAGAUUAUCAGCACAUACAGCAAUUCAAUUCUACGAUGUUCAAGAUCGUCUCGGCUACGACAGACCGAGUAAAGCUGUUGAUUGGCUGAUCAAAAAAGCUAAAUCAGCUAUUGACAAACUUGCUGAGCUUCCACCAUGGAAUCCAAUUCCUAAUAAUGUCACAGAAGAGUUACAACAGGAAGAAAAUAAUGCAGGAACAAGGGAUAUGGUUAUUGCAGCAGAAAAUUCAGAAUCUUCUGGUUACAAUUUUCAGCUACAAGACACAGAAAAUCACCAUAACCAUUCAGCUUUCAUUCCUUCAAAUAUUGAUACUGAUGCAAUAGCUUUUUUUCCAACAAGUUCUGCUGCAUCAUCCAUAAACUUUCAAAGCUACCCUUCUGAUAUAAUCUCAAGAACAAACAACUCUAUACAGGAUCUUGGUCUUUCUCUUCAUUCAUUCCAAGACCAUGGAAUGAUGCAUGGACAAUCUCAAGAAGGUGGUAAUCAUCAAACAGGUUCAAAUGACCAUCAUCAAACACUUUUCACUGAUUCAAAUCCUGUUGGAUUUGAGGCUAAUUAUCAUAGGAUUGUGAAUUGGAACAAUGAUGAUCACAGAACUGGAUUCAUGGUUAAUUCAGCUCCAUUUCUUAGCCAAGGUUCUGCAUUUUCCCAUAGGGGGACCCUUCAGUCCAGUUUUUCGCAAUCGCUUCGUCCUUGGAAUGAUAUUCCGAUGGAAACUUCGUCAGUGAAUCAUAAUCAGAAGUCUCAACAGAUUCAACAAGCUUCAAUCUUUGGUAGCAGAUUUCUGUCUGAUGCUUUGCCUGGUUUUUGCAUUCCAGCUAGAAUUCAAGGUGAGGAUGAGAGCCAUGUUGUUGUUUCGGAUAGGCCAUCAUCUUCUUCUAAUUCUCAUCAUUAACCAUAAACAAAUAUCAACUCAAAUCUUCCUUUUUCUAUCAGGGCAGGGGCAAUAUUGUCUACCAGAUAUGAAAACAUGAGAAGAUUAAGAUGGACACAUAUUGAUGAUAAACAAAACUUGUCUUGUUAGAUUCAACUUUUCUGUGGCUUUAUUUAUUUUCUCUCCUUAUUGUAGCCAUUAACAUUGGUGCUUUUUAAAUUUUCAAACAAUUGAAAGUGGGUUUCACUAGUUAAAUCAAUGCUGCUAGAUGUAUUUAAUUACUACUAUGUAUUGUUUCAUGAUAGUUUGCUCAAUUAAUAUAUAGCAUUGAUGUUGA